AUGAAUAAUUUAACAAAACGAUCCGCAUCAAAGGAAUGUUUAAUUUCAAAUAAAUCAGCACUGGAAUGUCUUAAUAUUGGCGGAUUUUUUUAUGAUGCUUGUACAGGGCAUUGUGAAAGGGAUUCUAGUUUUCUUCGUUUAAGCCAGCAUUUGCAAUUGGAACAUUUAGUUUAUGGAUAUCUUUUUCCUAUUCUUGUUAUUUUUGUUGUCGUUGCCAAUUUAUUAGUAGCUUUAGUACUUUCUCAAAAACACAUGAUUUCGCCUACAAAUUUAGUUUUAAAAUAUAUGGCAAUAGCUGAUCUUUGUGUUGGACUUUUUCCUCUUCCCUGGAAUUUUUAUUAUCACACAUUAAGGUGCAUUUUGAAUAUGAACAAAAAGAACUUCAACUGUGUUGCAAUGUGGCUAACAGUUUUGUUGGCAGGUCAAAGAUAUCUUUCUAUUCGUCAUCCUAUGAAUUCUCGCCAUUUAUGUUCUUUACGUAAUGUGAGAAUUGCAACUUUUUUAAUUACAAUUGUUUCUAUAUUUUGUGGCCUUCCAAAAUUCGUCGAUUAUUAUUAUAAUGUUUAUGAAGGUUGGGCUUUUGUUGAUUCUGGUCAUUUAAUAUAUUUAAAAAGUUGUUUAUCUGGAUAUACAUUUUUUGUUAAAUUUGUUGGUUCUAAUGCAUUCUUCAAUGCUUAUUUUUGGACUCGGGUUGUUGGAUUUAUUUUAGUGCCUUCAUUUCUACUUAUUUGCCUAAAUGCAUUACUUAUUAAAAGUAUUAGGAAAGCUCAACAACGAAAGAAAAGGCUGUUAAUGUUGUCUAUUUUAGGAGAUAAACGUAACCGUGAUUCAACAAUUCAUCGACAAACGUCAGAUAAUAAUACUUCUGUAAUGCUUGUAAUUAUUGUUUCAAUAUUUUUAAUUGUUAAUUUACCACAAGCAUUGUUUAUGGCAAUGCUUUGUGUUUAUAAUACACUUGGAUUGAGUAAUCGUUUACUUGAAGGAGUUUUUCCGAUAACAUUUCUACUUGUAAAUAAUAUGCUAGUUAUGGCCACUUAUCCAAUUAAUUUUGGAAUUUAUUGCUUUAUGUCCAGCAGUUUUAGAGAUACUUUUCGAAUGCUUUUUUGUAGAAAUCGAAAUAAUAAUAAACAAUUUGUUGAUGCUAUACCCCAUCCAAGUCAAAUACCAACAGAAAGUCGAAGACUUAUCUCUAUGGGAGGUUUACCAUCAGAAUCAAAAGGAAUAUCAUCGUCUUUAGUUCGUAGAUCUACUGAUCCUAUUGGUGGACAUAAUAAUAGAAAUUUAAGGUAA